CAGAUGCCUUGAAUAACCCAGAGAAAUACCCUCCUUCCUAUUAUUACCACCUUAGCUUCCUGUCUUUGCCUUCCCGCACGAACAGAAAACUCAUAUUUCUUUUCUUUUCUUUCUCUUUCCUUGAAAAUUAAACCAAGAAAUCCAGUAUGUACCAUAAUGCUCUGUCAACAGCACCAAAGAUGUGCAUGGCGACAAAAGACAUGAAGGCCAGAGCAAGAGCAGAGGUUUAUUAUGGGAACGAGACUUGCAGAGAGAAGUUCAUGUUGCUUCUGUCCGAAAUAGGACUGCCAAAUGGUCUCUUAACAAUAGAGGAGAUAGAGGAAUGUGGGUACGUUAAGGAUACUGGCUUCUUUUGGCUUAGGCAUAAGAAGAAGAGAGAUUACUGCAAGUUUGAGAGCGUAGUCAUCUGCUAUGACAACGAAGUCACUGCAUAUUUCGAACGUAACAAAAUCACGAAUUUGACUGGUGUUAAGGCUAAGGAAUUGUUAAUUUGGAUUAGCUUAAGUGAGAUUUAUGUCAAUCACAACGAUCGUAAUCGCAUCACGUUCAAGACUCCGGCCGGGUUUUCCAAAUCUUUUCCAUUAUCAGUGUUCAAAUUUGAAGCUAUUGUGGCAAAAGGGGAGGCAGAGGCGAAGGAAGUGGAUGAACCAAAGGAUGUGAAAUUAAUUGUAUAAAACAAAAAUUCAAAUAAUUAGCUUGUGGGUAGCUUUGAUUAUAAUGAUUGUAAAUUAUUAUUAUUAUUAUUAUUA